AGACGGGGGCGUUUGAACUUCAUUGACCAUAGUUCAUAUGGGCACAGGCCAAAACGGAAAUAGGAACGGAAGCAGAAAGCUUAUUCUUCAGCGUGAUGGCGGAAAACUCAAGGCACCGGGAAGGAGAGAGUGGAGACAGACCUGAGGUGUGUGGCAGUGGAGAUGGUGGCUUGACCAAGAGGAAGCUGGAGGGGAAAGAUUAUGACCACAGUGGAGACGAGGGCCCCCCCAGUAAGAAGGUGGGCCACGGUAUCAAGGUAGCCAGCCAUUACAACACCCUUCAGGAGUGUAGUCGUGAAGCUCGCACCAGGAGCAAGAUCUUCUACAUGCGAAACUUCAACAACUGGCUGAAGAGCGUUCUGAUUGGUGAGAUCCUGGACAAGGUAAGGCAGAGCCGAAAGGAGCUUUGCGUUCUGGACCUAGGCUGUGGCAAAGGGGGAGACCUUCUGAAGUGGAGGAUGGGGAACAUCCACAAGCUAGUGUGUGCAGACAUUGCCAGCGUAUCUGUCGAGCAGUGUGAGCAGCGCUACCAGGACAUGAGGAAGAAGAGCCACCGGCAAGACCGCCUCUUCAGCGCUGAGUUCGUCACUGCUGACUGCACCAAGGAGCUCCUCUCGACCAAAUUGAAGGAUCCCGACAUGACGUUUGACGUCUGCAGCUGUCAGUUCGUCUAUCACUACUCGUUUGAGUCUCAGCAGCAGGCUGAAAUGAUGCUCCGUAAUGCCUGCGAGAGGCUACGUCCAGGUGGCUUCUUCAUCGGGACGACGCCGGACGCCUUCGAGCUCGUAAAGCGUCUGGAGGCCUCAGAGUCCAAUUCCUUCGGCAACGACGUUUAUCGCGUGACGUUCCAGAAGAAGGAUGUUUACCCGCUGUUUGGCUGCCAGUACGACUUCAGCCUGGAAGGAGUCGUCAACGUGCCCGAGUUCCUCGUCUACUUCCCACUCUUCCAAGAGAUGGCAAAAAAGUACAACAUGAGGCUGGUUUCUAAGAAGACCUUCUCCGAGUUCUUCAAGGAGAAGAUUGCAAAUGAGCAGCACCGGACUCUGAUGAAGAGAAUGCAGGCUUUGGAGCCAUAUCCUGCCGACGACAGGAACCGCUUGACCUUCCAGGAUGCCAGCGAGUACGAACACGCCAGGGGCAGAGCGGAGAGUCCUGACGCCAGAGUUCCCCUUGGCACUUUAAGCAGAUCGGAAUGGGAGGCAGCCAGUAUCUACCUGGUGUUUGUGUUUGAAAAAAUGUCCUGACCGUCCCAAGAGUAUAUCCAUGGAUGCUGGCGGCCAGGUUUGGACAAGCAGGAUCUGCAGUGGUGGAGGUUUUUCAUCUCUGAAUUGCCUGUGAGCGAAUGGUCUGCGGGAGAGAUUAAGAGCCUCAUUCCUCAGUAAGCUCCGCUUGUUAGGCUGCAGACGAGGACGCAAACAUGCCUCCGUUACAGAUCCGUGCGUAAUAUUGCUAAAUGAAUUAGAGAUCAGGUGAUGAGCUGGUCGUGACUUUUCUGACCUCCUGUAAUGUCUGGCUCUUGUGUUGUUCCACAGCCAGGUUUUCGUUUUUGACCAGCUUUUGUUUUCGUUUUCUGCUCUUCAAAGCGUACAUCAACGUUGCAAAUAAAAUCUUGUGGAAAUGCUG